CUCUUUUAUUUUGUCCUUUUUAAAAGGGAGGCAGCCAAGAAGAAACACAACUCUUCUGAGAGAUAUUUUUUAGUGAUUAACCUUAAACAACAACAAUGUCGGGAGGGAUUGCUCGUGGUCGUCUUGCUGAGGAACGCAAAGCUUGGAGAAAGAAUCAUCCCCAUGGUUUUGUUGCUAAGCCGGAGACACUUCCAGAUGGGUCAGUGAACUUGAUGAUUUGGCACUGCACCAUCCCUGGUAAAGCUGAGACUGAUUGGGAAGGUGGUUGUUAUCCACUUACAAUUCACUUCAGUGAAGAUUAUCCGAGUAAACCGCCAAAGUGUAAAUUCCCACCAGGCUUUUUCCAUCCCAAUGUCUAUCCAUCUGGAACAGUUUGCUUGUCGAUCCUCAAUGAAGACAGUGGUUGGAGACCAGCCAUCACCGUGAAACAGAUACUGGUUGGUAUCCAGGACUUGUUAGAUCAGCCAAACCCUGCUGAUCCUGCCCAAACUGAAGGGUAUCAUAUGUUUAUUCAGGAUGUUCUGGAGUACCGAAAGAGGGUGCGCCUGCAGUCUAAGCAGUAUCCACCUCUUGUUUAAAAGAAUGUUUGUCUAAUGUUGUGGUGGCUCUAUAAUGUACGUCUAUGUUUGCUGUCAAUAGAGGACAAUGAAUCUGCCAGCUAGUGACUCUUAUUGGUAUUUGUUUAAGUGGAGAAGUAAAUAUUAAUUACUACAGGAUUUUAUCUCUGAUAGACUAUAUCUGUAGAAGAACAAGCACAGCUGCAAAUUGUUAUCUAAAUGGUGGAAAUGUGUUGAAACUUAUUUUCUUUUGCAAAAGUGGAAUUUCUAUUCAAAACAUCCAAAAA